CUUUAAUUUUCCUUCUUUACAUGAAGCGGUUCACGGUCCGUUUGGUUGAAAUAAGUUUCUACCACGGUCUCGAUUCUUCAGUACCGCCGCAUCUUCGAUUCUUCAGUACGUUCACGCCUCGCACAAAAACCUCUCCUUUGGCUGCAUUAGCAAUUUCAUUAUGGACGCCAAGAGGGGACAGAAUGCAAUUCAACAACUGCUAGCUGCUGAACAAGAAGCUCGGCGCAUUGUCAAUGAAGCCAGAAAAGCUAAGUUGGCCAGACUAAAACAGGCCAAAGAAGAGGCUGAGAAGGAGAUUGCCGAGUUUCGUGCUCAUAUGAAACUUGAGUUUCAGAGAAAGGUUGCAGAGAGCCAUGGGGAUUCAGAUGCCAUUGUGAAGCGGCUGGAGCAAGAAACAGAGGCAAAGAUCCAUCACCUGAAGACACAGGCUGCAAGCAUAUCCAAUGAUGUCGUACAGGUGCUUAUAAAUCAUGUGAUCACUGUGAAAAAGUAAAUUACUGAAAAAGCUUUGUGGUUGGUUGUCUUUGCUUGUACUUAAUUAACACAGUUGUGAUAGGGGUGCUCAAUGCUAUAGUACUUUCUCUUUAAGCUGGUGUGUACAUCUAGAUGUGAUUAUUGUAAUCUUUUGUGAUGGUUGUGACCACUACGAGCAAUACUUGGUACUCGGUAGGAUAGUUUAUGCAGUAAGA